CUUUCAAGCCAACAAAAUGGAGUUGCAGUUCAAAAGAAAACUAGCAAUGACAACUCAUCUCAGCAAAAUUUAAGCAAGGCUGGAUGAACGUUUGAAUGACCUUUCACAACAUUCUCUCAGGUUUGCAGCAGAGCAAGGAAUGCAAGCUAGUAACUUGUAUUUGGCAAAGGCAUGGUUUCAAAGUUCUCAACCAAUGACUAGAAGUCGCUCUUCUGAGCUACGGAAGAGGUAUGCUGCUAUGCAAAAUAUGCAGAAGCCAGCAGUUGCAGAAAAUCCAAAUAAUGCUGCAGGACAAGGUGCCGACAGAAUGAAACAAGAAUUUAUGAGCACCAGUAAUUUGUGUGGCAUCUCAGUGGAUGAGAUGUCAAAUCAACUGCUGAAUUUCAUGUCUCCAUCCAAUUCAUCCACAUCUCCGCUUGAUGCUCCUCCAAAGGCAACUGUAGAUGCAGUUUCUUCUGUUGUCAGCAUGCUUAAGGGCACACUGGAACGCAAAAAACUUGGCAACCAAGCCAACAAAGAAAACCUAGAAGGAAGUUCUUUUGGGUUUUAUAGUGCUCAACAAGUUCCUGCCAAUUUGAGUUCUAAAUCAAGAUGCAGCAAAUCAGGUUCUUGGACAAUCCAGCAACUUUCAACUGGUAUCCUCUGUCCAAAUGCAAGGUUCAGGAACUUGCCAACAGCUGAGAGGUCUAUAGAACUAAACAUGGAAGGAUUUGUUACUCAAACAAGCCAGGUUCAGAUGGGGACAAUGUCUCAAGAACCUUCACAAAGUGGAUCAUCUGCUGCUGCACCUACAUUUUCAACUGGUUUUGAUGUAUGUGAUGGUCCUGCCCAUUCAGGACAGACUACAUCAGUUUGUGAGAGUUCCAGAAAACAUGUUGGUAAUGGAACUCCAAACCAUGGGAUUAAGGCCAAAGAAUGUGGGGAAAGGAUUUUUGAAAAUAAUAUAAAAGAUGAAAGGAAGAGAGGGAGUCUAGUUCGGAUGGGAUCUGUAUCAUCAGCGGGUUCAGUGGACAAAGGGGACCCCACAAAGAAACGCAGGGUCGAGCGCUCACGCAAAAUGGCGGAAGCAAAGGAAAGAAACGCAGCUCCAACAUUACCAUCAGAUAUGCAGGCAGUUCUUAAGCGCUGUGAAAAUCUUGAGAAGGAAGUGCGAUCACUCAAACUUAAUUUGUCUUUCAUGAAUAGGAAGGAUUCCGAGCAAACCAAACAAAUCGAAGAGCUUCAAAAGCAAAAUGAGGACCUGAUGGAAGAAAAGGAGCGCCUCUUAGAAGAGAUUGAGAGGAUUGCUGGAAGUAUUUGAUUGAUGAAAAGGAGUGCUUGCCUUGGUAACUCAUGAUCUAUAUAACUAAUUCCUUGUAACUAAUAUUGUUCUCAGAAUGUUCAAUUAGGGUUGGGGGGGGCGGUGGGUUAUCAUAUUUCAGACUGAUAUAUUGAGUGAUAACUCACUAAGUUAUAUUAGAUGAUUACAUUGAAUAGAAUCUUAGCUCCAUCCACAUUUUCAGAUAA